AUGCAGCUGUUGUACGAGGACUACGAGCCUGUGGACCUGUCUAUUCCCUACCUGCCCGGCUACCUGGGCUUCAGGGAGUGUGACGCGUACAAUCGCCUGCUGCGCAGCGUGGAGGACUCCCCGCACCGACCACAGGUUCUGCUGGUGGACGGCUGCGGGCUGCUGCACCCUCGGGGCUGUGGGAGCGCCUGCCAGGUGGGGAUUACGUGCGGCUAUCCCGCUGUGGGAGUGGCGAAGAACCUGCUGACAGUCGAUGGUUUGGACCGAUUCGCCGUACGACGACAGCUGCAGGUACGACAUGUUCCUUUGGUGGGGCACAGCGGUGCGGUCCACGGCGUGGCGUUGUGUCCCGGCCUAUCCCGGAAGCCGCUCUUCAUCAGCGUGGGCCACAGGCUCAGCUUGCCCACCGCAGUGGAAAUUGUACGGCGGUGCUGCUUGCACCGGGUUCCGGAGCCCAUUCGCCAAGCAGAUCUGAGAUCCCGGCAGUGGCUGCGGGAGCACAUGUGA